GCGAUGCAUUUUCUCAAUAGCCAACUUCCGUUUACCUUUUGUUGUUAGCCGCAUACCGCAUGAUUUCUACAAGAACAAUGAAGGUGCUUGCAGUAUUUACAGUGGCUUUAGUCUCCUUAAUUUAUCUGCUAUUACCGGCAGAUGCAAAAGGAGACAAACAAUCGAAGAAAGACCUUCUGGUUACUGACAAGGUAUACUUUGAUAUAACGAUAGGAGGUGAGGAAGCGGGACGGAUUGUCAUUGGUCUCUUUGGAAAGGUUGUACCCAAAACAGUGAAAAACUUUGUUGGCUUAGCCACACAUGAGCAAGGAUUUGGCUACAAAGGAAGUAAGUUUCAUCGAGUCAUCAAAGAUUUCAUGAUUCAAGGAGGCGAUUUCACAAGGGGAGACGGAACUGGAGGAAAGAGCAUCUACGGUGACAAAUUCAAGGAUGAGAACUUCAAGCUAAGCCACUAUGGAGCAGGAUGGCUAAGUAUGGCUAAUGCAGGAAAGGACACCAAUGGUUCUCAAUUUUUCCUUACUACAGUCAAAACAUCAUGGCUUGAUGGUAGACAUGUUGUCUUUGGAAAAGUCUUAGAAGGAAUGGACGUUGUGAGAAAGGUAGAACAAACUAAGACAGCUCGACAAGACAAGCCCGUCAAAGAUUGUGUUAUUGCUGACAGCGGCACGCUUGAAGUAGCAGAGCCUUUCGCGGUAGAAAAGAAACCAGUCGUAGAGUAAACUUCCCUUAGCCCUUCCUGCCUCUCAGACUAUGUCACAAAUGAUUAUACCGAUAGACAAGUCACAAUGUAGAUGUAUAGAUUGUUCAGUGUUUAUAUGCACAUGCAGUUUAUGCAGCUUUCGAGUAGUAGUGUAAUAGUAAUAGUAGUUAUUCCACUUCAAGUAAGAAUAUAUAAUAAGAUGUCUCAUUUUCAAUCUGAUGGGUGAAAUUAUUAUACUGUCUUGAAGGAUGGUUCUAUAGGCUUUCAAUUUUAACUUUACAAUGUUCACUUCUUGAAAAUCAUGAAAUUGCUCUGUUAUUGCUGCCAGAUUCAUUGUUGAUUGCAGUAGGACCAUUGUGCAUUGCAUAUAGGUCCCGUUACUUUGGGACUUGUUAUUAUAUUGACAACAAAUGAACAAUUUCUGUAACAAGUUUGCUAUCAGCCAAUGAAAUUGAAUGCUUUCAGUAGCUUUAAACUGAUAUUUCAAAUAUGUUACUUUAACACGUUUUAUGAAACGUGUCCCUGGUCCGUAGAUCUUUCCUCCUCUGUAUUGACUAACUCAAUAUCCCAUAUUCUGAAGUCGGGUGUAACUUAAACUCGGGUUUAAAGUUGUGGUUUAAGUAUGGACA